AUGAAGCAUGAUUUUUCAUUUAAGCAUGAUGAGAGCAAAGCGCUGAUCGGAUUUGAGUUGUUGGAUCGGAUCACCAAAAAAGAGUUCAUAGGUGGUCAUGCCCGGGUUGUAAUUGACGAAUUGUACAAGAGUGGCUGUCUAGAGACCCUUCAGAAUCGGAUGCGGGCCUGUGCGAUGACAGUGGAAGAGCAUCUGGCGGACCGGAUGCAGGCGUUGCUAUGGCUGUUGGGUUCGGUGCGUUCGCUGUUGCAAUUGCACGUGGACGCUUUGAACUCGACGCAGUCGGCUUCUCGCGUGCACCGAGAAGCGGAGCAGAAGAUGGAGGCGCGAAUCCCCUUGUCCGAGGGUGGCCAGGACCUGGACCGGCACCCGCUCAGCCGGGAGCCAUUCACCCAAGAGCCGUUCAGCCAGGGUAUGGACCACCGACGGUAA